AUGUCCGAAGCAGAAACAAAGACUCUGGUGGGUCGAGGAAACUCAUCAUCAUAUCCUUGCGAUCACUCCCUUGUUCUGCACGGAAUCUGUUUCCUCUGUGGAUCGGCCAAUAUGGAAGAAGAAAACUGUGGCUUGUCUCAUGUUCUACACGCAAUCUCUUUCCUCUGUGGAUCGGCCACGGAAGAACGAAGAAGCGGCUUACUUUUCGAUCCCUUUUGCGUCGUUUCAAAGAUCAAAACCCUGUUUUGUUCUUGUGAUCAUCGGAUGGCUCAACGCGGAAUCUGCUGCCAAUGCAAGCGGACCGUUGCCAGACCUAACGGCCUAACCUUCAAUUACAUCGCCAAGGGUUUGGAGCUGAGCCCUGAGUUUGUGGCGUCCGUAAAGAAACAGGUAACUCGAAGAUGUAUUGCGGAGAAGAAGCUUUACUUGGUUCUUGACUUGGACAACACGUUAAUCCACACACGUAGAGUUUCGCAGCUCACAGAAGCGGAGAAGCAUCUGGUUAAAGAAGCGGAUUCAAGGGACGAUCUAGGGUUGGCCGAGGAGGAGAAUUCCUCCGGCGGGUUGACAAAGUUACGGCCUUUCGCCCGGGAAUUCCUCCGAGAAGCUAACCAGUUGUUCAGGAUGUCGGUCUACACAAACGGCAACUCGGCUUAUGCUGCACGCGUGUUGAAAUUGCUUGAUCCGAAUAAGAUUUACUUCGGGAACCGAGUCAUUGCAAGAAGUGGCGAUUCCACUUCCAUGUACAAGACUCUGGAUCUUGUCUUGGCCGAAGAACGCAGCGUGGUCAUCGUCGAUGAUAGGUCGGCGGUAUGGAGUUUGCCCGACCAGAGAAACUUGAUGCAGAUCGAGAAAUACGAAUUCUUCGACGAGAAGGAGGAGAAGAAGAAAGCGUUGAAGAUGUUUAUGAAGAAAUUGAAGAUCUACACUCGAGAAAACUUCAACGGAAUAUUCGGAGCCGACGGUGGAGAUUCGAAAUCUGAUCGUGCGGAUCGAGAAGGAGAAGAAGGACGAGAGCGAGAAGGUGGAGCGUUGGCUAACACCCUGAGAUCGCUCAAGAGAGUUCACGAAGAGUUCUUCCAUGGCGGAGAUUUCGCCGACGUUAGGGUUUUGUUACGUAAAAUGACGCGCAAUUAG